CUCAGUCACGGAGCUCAUUCGUUGCUGCAGAGUAUCGAGGAGAGAAAAUGCCUGAACCUGCCAAGUCCGCGCCCAAGAAGGGCUCCAAGAAAGCCGUGACCAAGACCGCCGGCAAGGGCGGCAAGAAGAAGAGAAAGACCAGGAAGGAGAGCUACGCCAUCUACGUGUACAAGGUACUGAAGCAGGUCCACCCCGACACCGGGAUCUCCUCCAAGGCCAUGAGCAUCAUGAACUCGUUUGUCAACGACAUCUUCGAGCGCAUCGCUGCCGAGGCAUCUCGCCUGGCCCACUACAACAAACGCUCCACCAUCACCUCCAGGGAGAUCCAGACCGCAGUGCGCCUGCUCCUCCCCGGUGAGCUGGCCAAGCACGCCGUGUCUGAGGGCACCAAGGCCGUCACCAAGUACACGAGCUCCAAAUAAAAAGAUUGGCUAACAAACGUAAACACAACGGCUCUUUUCAGAGCCACACACUAAACUAACGAGCACACUUCCUACUGUUCAACAGAGUUACUAUGUUGCUAACUACUUGAAUCGCGGAUGUGGACCUUUGUGUCGCUGGGUGGUAUUAAUCCGCUGCACUGACCGAGACGACUGAAAUGUGUUCCUGCGCUUCAGAUUGUGGAAAGACAAACUGACUACAAACGCAGAAUUAAUGCGACUUUGUAUUCGACACUUGUGUUACAGCUCCAAGCGUACUUUUUCUAUUGUUCCUGAUAUGCAAAAUUGAGUAAAUACACUAAAAUGCUGUGACGGAAAACUGGUGUCAUCAUUCAUGUUACAGCUUUCUAUUGCACUCUUGUGUCUGUAUCGUUUUAGUCUGUAUUUGUUUUGUUGCAGUUUCUCCAUACGUGCAAUUUUUGUGGUCCUGUGUCUGUUAUAUAUGCAGCACCAUGCUCUCGCUUCACUGUGUACUGUACUGCACAUGGUUGAAAUGACAAACAAUACAACUAUUAACUCAAUAUUUACAGACCUUCGUAAUACAAAACGUCACACCACUUCUCAUUUUUCUGAGACACUAUCAUGCACGA